AUAUAUUUCUUUCGAGGCCAAAAAUCCAUGGCGAGGGUUGGUGUAUUCGCUGCUCUUUUGCUCUGGUCUCUAUCCCGUUUACUCGAUCUCUCCACUGAUUUUUGGCCAAAAGUCUUCCUUUUGUUUCUUUCUUCGUCGAUCGAUCCACUGGCUCGCCGGUUUUGAUACCAAGUCGCCGUUUUGCUCUUGGUCUGGAGGCUCAUUUUGGUGGAGAUUCGACGUUCCCGUGGCGAUCGGGGGUUUCCAAGUGGGAUUUGUUGGGUCGUGGGAUCUGAAGGUGUCGGAUCGGGAUGGCGUCGAGGAUGAUUCGGUGGAGGCCGUGGCCGCCGUUAUUGUCGAAGAAGUUUCAGGUGAAGCUGGUGGUGAAGAGAGUUGAGGGGGUCGGUGCUGGGGACGAGGCAGCGGAUUCGGGGAGGAAGAUUGUUGCGGAGGUGAGGUGGAAGGGGCCGAAGCUGGCUCUGAGCUCGCUGAGGAGGACGGCGAAGAGGAACCGUACGAGGGAGGAGGAGGUGAGCGAUGGGGGUAUGGUGGAGUGGAAUGAGGAAUUCGAGACCGUUUGCACCUUGACAGCUCAAAAGGAGAACGCUUUCCAUCCCUGGGAGGUCGUUUUUUCUCUGUUCAAUGUUUCCAACCAAAACAUGAAGACCAAGGAGUCUGUGCUUGGUGUGGCGUCACUGAACAUAGCAGAACUCACUUCAGUAGAACAAGAGACUGAGCUCUACCUUCCAUUGUUACUUCCUGGGGCUGCUGAGUCUAAUUUAUCUCUUCAUCUGGCUCUCAGUGUAUCAGAACUGAGAUCUCCACAAGAUUCUUCUGAGAUUGUACUGAAUCCACCGACUGAUACCUCCUCGCCUCUGUCUGGAGAUGCUACUCCUUCUGAGAAAGAUGAACUCUCUGCUCUUAAAGCUGGAUUAAGAAAGGUGAAAAUUUUAACAGAAUUUGUAUCUACUCGGAAAUCUAAAAAGACAUGUCCAGAUGACGAUGGUAGUGAAGGAAAGUGCUCUGCUAGGAGUGAUGAUGCAGAAUAUACUUAUCCAUUUGAUACAGAUUCCCCAGAUGAUCUUGAUGAUGAAGUUGGAGAUAACAAAGAGGAUACUAGUGCUAGGAAAUCAUUCAGUUAUGGAACAUUAGCAGAUGUUAACAAUGUUGGCAACGAGAUGAUGGUAGACGGAGAAUACGAGGAUUGGGUCUACUACAAUCAUCGAAGAUCAGAUGUGGGUUGUUCUCAUGUGGAGGACGGACCGUCCUCCAUUCCUGAAUUUUCUAUGUCGAAGAGGAGUAUUCUUCCAUGGAAAAAGAGGAAAUUGAGUUUCAGAUCCCCUAAGCCAAAGGGGGAGCCAUUGCUUAAUAAAGCAAAUGAGGAUGGCGGGGAUGACAUUGACUAUGACCGGCGGAUGUUGAGUUCCUCUGACGAAUCUCUCUCUGCAAGUAGGCACAAAGGGGAUGAUGGAAGUGCUCUGAACUCAUUAUCUGAUUUCGGCGAUGAUCGUUUUGUGAUUGGUAACUGGGAAUCAAAGGAACUAGUUAGCCGGGAUGGCUACAUGAAGCUCACCACCCAUGUUUUCUUUGCAUCCAUUGACCAGAGGAGUGAGCAAGCCUCCGGUGAGAGCGCAUGCACGGUUCUCGUUGCUGUCAUCGCUAAUUGGUUUCACACAGACCACAACAUCAUGCCCAUUCAAUCUCAGUUUGAUAGCCUCAUCCGAGAAGGCUCUCUCGAGUGGAGAAACCUUUGCGAGAACCAUGUUUAUCAGGAGCGGUUCCCCGACAAGCACUUCGACCUGGAAACAGUUCUUCAAGCUAAGAUCAGACCACUUGCUGUUGCUCCAACAAAGUCUUUCAUUGGAUUCUUUCAUCCUAAAGGCACUGACGCCGACAGCGACUUUGAAUUUUUAAAUGAAGCUAUGUCCUUCGACAGCAUCUGGGAUGAAAUCAGCCGAGCGGGAUCCGACUGCUCCAGUGAUGCAAAGCCUCAGCUAUAUAUCGUAAGCUGGAACGACCACUUUUUCAUCCUGAAGGUGGAACGCGAUGCUUAUUACAUAAUCGACACCCUUGGAGAGUGGCUAUACGAGGGGUGCCAACAAGCUUACAUCCUCAAAUUCGACAACAGCACAAUUAUUCAUUUGGUUUCUAACAACAAGAAGAAUGGUAACCCCGAAUGCGAGAAUACAGACCAGGAAAGGAUAAAUGUUGCAGUAGAGGGGGAUCUGGUAUGCCGGGGAAAGGGUUCUUGCAAGGAGUACAUUAAGAGCUUCCUCGCAGCGAUUCCGAUACGCGAACUGCAAGCUGAUGUCAAGAAAGGUCGUAUGUCAUCCACUCUACUGCAUCAACGUCUCCAGGUCGAGUUCCACUUCACUGAGUCAGCCGGCGAGCUCAGCUUGGAUGCUCAUUCCGCAUCACCGGAGGAGGCUCUUUGCCAGGUUUCAUGGCCUCUUCAGCCGGCUGGAGCAUUUGCCCCCGCGCCUGUACUCGUUAUUUAGCAUCCAUGACGUUUCGUAGAACACUGCUUACAUGAACUCAAGAGGAGAAGGUGCACGUAGAGCCAUCAAACGUUUGUUUCUUCGUCCAUCUCUCACUCGAGAUUUCAACUAACUAUAGGUACUUUGCUGUGAGUUGUGUGUCGAACACACUUUUGUAAAGCUGUGCUCUAUUCCUCCGUAUCAUGUCGUCUGAGUCGUCUGUGUUGUAGUAGUUACGAAAUCGAAUUUUAGGCAUCAAUAACUCAUGCUCUUACACUAAUGAAUUGAUAAGAUCGGGAAAUAUAAAUAAAUAAAUAUGUAUUUAAAUAUGUCA